UCUGAGCCACUUCCCCAAGGGGUCCUUCCACCAGCCAGUGGGUUCUGGCUCAGGGCACAGCCAUCCUGUCCGAGCCCCACCACUAAUCCCGGUCUCUUUCCCUCGCAAGGAUCCUCAGCAUUGUCUUUCGCAGCAUGAAGAAGGAAAGAGAAUGGAAGGUGCUGAUCAUGGACCACCCCAGCACGCGUAUCCUCUCGUCGUGCUGCAAGAUGUCUGACAUCGUGGAUGAAGGCAUCACGCUCGGUGCAGGCUCUGAUCAGUGACUUCCAGGGCACCCCCACCUUCAACUACAAGGUGGCUCACGUCUUCUUCAUCAGCCCCUGUCCUGAACCUCUGUUCAAAGAGCUGAGGAAGUCACGGAUCACCAAGUCCAUCAAAACACUCAAGGAGAUCAAUAUGGCCUUCCUGCCCUACGAGAGCCAGGGACCAACGAGGACUGAGAGGACAAGCAGGAGGAGGAGGAGGAGGAAUGGGUAGAUGUGGCUACAGAGGAGGCUGCUGUCAACAUCAUCCAAAAGUAGCUCCAGUGCAGAGAAAAGGUGCAGGAAGAGGCCCAGCAGCUCAUGUUCCUUCACGCCAUCCACCCCACAUGUCUCGCUGCCCAG